CUGACACAUCGGUUUAGCAUUGCUCUUGGUGUAAUAAUCUAAGUCAUCACUUGCACCAUAAGAUAUAUGGACUGUGCACCCUUUUCAUUCCAGAGCUACCUAAAAGCAGCACGCUUCCAUGGCCCACGCCUGACCCACGCGCUGGAAAGGACACAGCGUUUGCCAUUUUGACCCAGACCAACGCUGACGCCUUGCUGCUCUGCAACACCCCGGACAGCAGGCCCACCAGACCAAGACACCAUGGAAAACAAUACCACGGACAUAGAUGACUGGUCACUGACAACAGAAUUUGACUACGGUGAUUCAGAGCCAUGCGUGGGAACUGAGGAAAAGCACUUUGCAGCAAGUCUUCUGCCGCCGCUUUAUUCUUUGGUGGUGAUAUUUGGCCUCACCGGCAACAUGCUUGUUGUCCUUAUCCUGGUCAAAUACAAGAGACUGAAGAGCAUGACUGACAUCUACCUGCUCAAUUUGGCAAUUUCUGAUUUGCUGUUUGUAUUUUCUCUCCCUUUUUGGGCUUAUUACGCUGUUCACGACUGGAUUUUUGGGGAGGCGCUGUGUAGAAUACUCUCAGGCAUCUACCUCCUUGGCUUCUAUAGUGGCAUCUUUUUCAUAAUCCUGUUGACCCUAGACAGGUAUCUGGCCAUAGUGCACGCAGUGUUUGCUUUAAAAGCUAGGACAGUCACCUACGGCAUCCUCGCCAGCAUUGCUACUUGGGUUGUUGCUCUUUUGAUUUCUGUUCCUGGGAUAGUAUUCCACAAAACUCAAAAGGAAAAUUCACGUUAUACUUGCAGUGCUCAUUAUCCAUCAGACCAGAUAAAUGUAUGGAAGCAAUUUCUGACGUUAAAAAUGAACAUUCUGGGACUUGUUAUUCCAAUGUUCAUUAUGAUAUGCAGUUACACGCAAAUUAUAAAGACAUUACUGCAAUGUAGGAAUGAGAAGAAACAUAAAGCAGUCAGGCUUAUUUUUAUCAUCAUGAUUGUGUACCUCUUUUUCUGGGCACCAUACAACAUUUGCCUUCUCUUGCGUGAUUUUCAAGGUGCAUUUUCCAUCACUACUUGUGAAGGCAAUAGUCAACUGCACAAAGCAAUCCAAGUGACAGAAACAAUCUCUAUGAUUCACUGUUGUAUCAACCCUGUAAUUUAUGCCUUUGCUGGAGAAAAAUUUAGGAAGUAUCUUCGUAACUUUUUCAGAAAGCAGAUUGCAUUCCACUUCUCUAAAUUCUGUCCCGUUUUCUAUGUUGACACAGCUGAACGAGCUAGCUCCACCUACACACAAUCCACUGGAGAACAAGAAGUUUCUGCUGCAUUGUAAUUUGUGUCUAGAGAAAAAGUGGAAUUGACUUUUGUGAAAACAAGUCUGUGAUGAAAGCCUGCAGAAUCUGUUCUGGAUAUUGGCUCUAAGGCAGCUGUGAAAGGUCACAGACCGCAUAUUUACCAAAGAUUGUAUUUGCUCAUACAUUUGGGUAUUUGUACAUAAACGAAAAGGAUGUAUCAAACUAGCUACCUAGAUAUGCUAACAUGGGAUUUUGUAGGGAAAGAAAGUGUUCUCUUUUUCUGUAAAUGUAAAAGCAUAGUUUUGUAUUAUAGGGCCCCAAACCACACAGACUAAGCUAGUAGGUUCAUAAACUGAUUUUUUGAUGUGAUCUAGAGGUUAGAAGUUGACACUGGUUCUUUGGAAACAUCUCUUGACUGCACUGUACACAAGCUAUCUCACUCAUUUAAACUCAGUCUCAGUCACAUCUUUUACUAGCCUCGUCUAUCUCUGUAAAUAAUGUUAAAUUACUGAGGCCUGUGAUGCAGAAUCUUUACAAGUGGUAUGGGGAAAUUUUACACAUAUAGAAGAAACUGAUAUUUCAAAGUAUGUUUUCCUUUGUAUAUGGUUGAGUACCAACCUCUUCGAUCUUUCUCAUAAUAGUGUUAACUACUAGGUGUUGAUAUCU